CUGAUUCCAUUGGAAACCGAUGCAAAUGAGAAGUGCCUAAAAGCAUUCAUCGAUCGCUGCGAUACUGAUCCUGGAAACGACGACGUGAUCACAAUGGAGGAAUGGUGUGACUGUUUCGCAUGGGCAGAUGAUGAACGUCAUGAGCCACCAUGUCAUGCUGCGAAACAUCGUGAAGAUCCUCAUCUUCUCGGUGUUUAUCAUCCACGUUGUUCACUCGAUGGUUUCUAUAAGCCAGAGCAAUGUCAUGAGAAUGAAUGUUGGUGUGUGGAUGAGUACGGUCGUGAAUUUGAUAAUUCGCGUGUCAGCGGACAAUUACCUGACUGUGGACAGUAUGGUUCGUACUUCAAGCUUUAUUCUUCAUUGAAUUUUAAAACACUUCAAAAUGUUUUAUCCAUAUAA